AUGCUCUCUGUCGGACAUUGGGCGGUUAUCCUGCUGGUGGUCGCAGCGGAUGAGGACUGUUCACUGCUGGUGGUGAACUCUACGAAGGGCCAUCGCAAGUAUGCGAAAGAUGGAUUGUGUGCACCAGAAGUCGGAGACAGCGGGACGACCCUUUGGGACAAUGUGCUGCAGUUUGAAGGGACGAGGGGGGCAACCUUGUACUCUGUGCAUUUUACUCCCCAAUGGUAUGCCUUUCCACCAGGGCAGCCGAUCCGGAAGGACUGUGUCACAUCAACGUGGACAAGCCUGACCUUCAAGGUGGGCCGGUGGUCAUCUGAGGAUGUGCGCGAUGAGUUUAUGUCCGGCGCGGAUAAGGGCAGCAUCCUGAAGAGCGAUGCUUUGAAGUAUGGUGACCAGAUCCCUGAGAAGCUGAAUUUCGCCUUCGAGGGCCUGGCCACCUUCCGCUUUCGGCGUGGGGCCGGCUUCGUGAAGCGUGAGGUCAAACUCCGCUUUGCACAAGGGCACAUCGCGCGGAAGGCCUACAACUGGUGGAUGGGCAGCAGUCCAGAGAUUUGUCACUUCCCCGGUUCCGGUGGUCUCGUUUGUGGGGAUCUUGGCUUUUUCCCUCACAUCGAAAGGGGAGAGAUCAAUCCGAACAACCACAAGUUCUACGUCUAUCCACGGCCCGUUUGA